CUUGGUCGCAUGCACCUCUGAAAACGACCUUACUCUCCCACCCGCCCCACCAUCUAAAACGACGCCGUUCUAUUCUCCCCCAUAUUCCCACUCCUCUGGCGUACGUUAGCUGGCACAACCCCUCACUCACUCUUUGCUGCUACUGACUUCAUUUCAUAACUCCUUUAGUACUACUUCUUAUCAGCUCAUCCAAGUCCCCAAAAACACAAAAAAAAAAAAAAUCGGAAAAAUUCAAGAUUUUUGGUUGUUGAAGCUCACUUGAGUAUGAUGCGAAUUGGGUUGACUUCAAUUUUGACUUUUAGUUGACUGAUUGAUAGAUCCAUCUAUUUCAACCAACCCGUUUAAGGAAAAAGUGCAAGUUGGUAGAGCCAAAGUUAGUAUAGCAUGGGUGUCUCAAGCAAAUGGAUCAGAGCACUGGUUGGUUUAAAGAAAGCAGAAAAGUCUCAUUCUUCAGAAAAAGAUGAAAAUAAAUCAGGAGGGACUGGAAAGUUUUGGCACCGGAGAAAGCACUCAGUUGAGAUUGAUUCUGACCUACUUCAAAAAGAGCUAACUCAUAAUGAUGCUAUUGCAAGAUCAGUUGAAGAUAUCAGCAGCACAUCAGUUCCAGUUGCUGCCAGCUUGCCUUCAAGUUCACAUCAAUUGCACCAUGCCCCACAAGUUCAGCAUAGUAUGAUAGAAGAGUCAGCAGCUAUACGCAUUCAAACAGCUUUUAGAGGAUUUCUGGCGAGGCGAGCUCUCCGGGCUCUAAAAGGAUUGGUGAGACUACAAGCCCUUGUUAGGGGUCAUGCAGUGAGAAAGCAAGCUGCGAUUACCCUCCGUUGCAUGCAAGCUUUAGUGAGAGUUCAGGCACGUGUACGAGCAAGGCGUGUUCGCAUGGCACUGGAAAGUCAAACCGACCAGCAGAAACUUCAACAACAACUAGAAAAUGAGGCUCGGGUACGAGAGAUCGAAGAGGGCUGGUGUGACAGUAUUGGAUCUGUUGAGCAAAUUCAAGAAAAGUUGCUAAAGAGACAAGAGGCAGCUGCUAAGCGUGAAAGAGCAAUGGCCUAUGCUUUGGCUCACCAGUGGCAGGCAGGAUCAAGGCAGCAGGCUACCCCUUCUGGGUUUGAACCAGAUAAAAGCAACUGGGGUUGGAACUGGUUAGAGAGAUGGAUGGCAGUACGCCCGUGGGAAAAUCGCUUUCUCGACAUUAAUGUCAGAGAUGGAGUCAUGCCUCCUGAAAAUGGAUCAGCUGAUCCCAAGAACGGGAUGAAGAACCAGGCAAAAUCUGCUGGGAAGAAACCAGCAACUGCAAAUCUUGCAAAUGAGAGAGCGGGUCCACCUCAUUCAAGCAGUAACUCGAAAUCAAAUGAGAAAACAGCAGCAUCUCUCUCUGAUGGCUGCAGCAGUUCUUCCCCGAAUGUGUCAGCAAGCACACAAGAAACGCCUGCAGCAUUCGUUAACAAACCAAAGUCUAAACCAAAUCUUGAAGAUUUAGUUGAGGAAGCUAGUUCAAGACCCGCCCUUGGUUCUAGAUCACAUAGCAAUCCUAAGGAGAGAUCCACUCCGUCUGAUAAACAAGGAAAACAUAGAUUGUCUCUGCCUAGUAGCGGUCUUGCACCUCAGACAACUAAACAACCCAGCAGAAGUGUUAAAAAGACAUCUAGUGCACAGAAGCCUUUGAAGGAGAAAUCCAAAUUAAAUGGAACUGAUACUAAAUCUACAGAACCUGUUCCACAGGGUGCUGAUUAGUUUUUAGGUACUCGUUGAAGAUCCUGAUUUCCGAUCCAAGUGUUGCCCUUGCAUUGUAAAUAGAGGGCACCUUCUUAAAGGAGAUGGAAUGUUCUUCUAGGGAUGUGUCCGUGGCAGAGUUAAGAGACUGGCUUGCUAUCUCCUGAAUAAUGUCGUGGUAUUUAUUUUAAUUCUUGUCAUAAUUAUUGUUGUAAUUUACGGAAUAGUGGAAUUUACUUGGGAUUGCAGAUUCGUUGAGGUUCUAGUAAAGAGGUCAGUUGUAUGUGUUGUUUUCUGUUUCCUCUCCCUCCCACUGUAAAAAGGUUGAAUUUGCUUUCUGUGCAACUUUUCUUGAGCUGAGGCUGGGGUAUUUGGUGAGUUUGAUUGCCAACCUCUUGUAAGUUUACACUUUCUUUGUUGAGCUGUACAAGAUCUGGAUGUAGUAUUCAUUCAUUAAGCUAAGAUGGUAGACCAGAUUGUGCGCUGCACUGUAACAUACACUAUACGUUGAUAUUAUUAACACCAAAAUUUGAGUA